AGCAAUUCAACUUUUAAUUAAUUAGAGCGAAGUAACCGCCAUAAGGGUUUAAUUAAUCCCCUCAAAGAGCCGUCAAUAUUAAUCAACGUUUGGCAUUAAACUUCUGAAAAUGAUAUUGAAGACGUACCUCUUUUGUGUAUUGCAGAUAACAUCGAUCACCUGGCUCUUUGUGUUCGCGAUGCCACGCCACAGUGACAGUUCUUCCUCGGAAUCAGAAUCGAAAGAAUUGGAUUUGAAGGAAAUGCUUCAAGACAUUAACUUAUCUGAAGAGUCUAAGGAAACUCAACAAGCCUUAGCACAUUACCACAUUAUGCAGAUGGAAAAGGACACAGCAAUUAAAAAUGCUAAACAACAAUUCAAUGAUAUGAUUAAAAAAGAUGGCAAGUACUUAAAAGCAUUUCAUAUAACAUAA